GAUGCCAAAAAAAGGAGAUGACUGGCCUACUGUAACCGAGAUGGUUCAAGCAAAUCAUCGGCUUAUUGUUUUCACUUCUGAUGCUUCGAAGGAAGCUCAAGAAGGAAUAGCUUAUCAAUGGAAACACAUUGUUGAAAAUGAGUCUGGAGACCCCGGAGUUCAAAAGGAUUCUUGCCCACAUAGGAAAGAAUCAAAGGCAUUAAACUCUGAAGGUGCAUCGCUUUUCUUGAUGAAUUACUUUCCAACGUAUCCGGUUCAAGCUGACUUGUGCAAAGAGCGUUCCGCUCCACUCGCUGAGAUGGUGAACACAUGUUAUAAAGCUGCAGGGAAUGUGGUUCCUAACGUCAUAGCUGUUAGCUUUUACAUGAGGAGUGACGGCGGUGGUGUUUUUGAUAUUGUGGAUAAAAUAAAUGGCCACUCAUUAUGUGGAUGUGGUACAGUUGCUGCUUGCCAGGCAGGUGUCGCAGGACUAAAAAAAAACUACUCCCAAUCUUUUAUCGAGUUUGCAGUUACGCAAAGUGCCAUGUAG